UACAUUGAAUUUCCAGUAACCCCGUCCUCUGGAACAUUGCCGAUUGUCAAUCAGCAAUGUAACCAGACUAUGAUCAGAUCUCAAACAGUCACCAAUAUAACAGUUUAAUACUUUAGGAACCAAUGAGAAAGAAAUAAGAAAAUAAUCAAUUCUACUGGCCUGUUUUCCUCUACGCCAUGUAUACCUCGUAGUAUCUUUAUUUAGCAAACGCCAGAUAUCAACCAGAUCUAAUGAUGCAGCCAUUUCUUGAAUUUCCCUAAGUGCAUGGGGAUGAUUAUUAAAUUUAUGCAGACCACUACGAUCCUUAUUUGUAUCUAAAACUGUAUUAAAAUCCCCAGUUAUUAUAAUUUGAUUAGAUUGUAAUGAGUUUAGAUAUGUGUUAAUUUCACCGAAAAAUAACGGACUGUCCUCAUUAGGAGUGUAAAUAUUUAAUAAAAUAAUAUGCAAGUUAUUGAUCAUUAUAUCUAUUACAAUCCAUCUACCCUCCUUAUCUGUAAAUACGGAGUGCAGUGUAUAAUCUACCUUAUUUUUAAACAAAAUCAUAACACCCCUACUGCUUGCUAGACUAAAGUAUAUGUCCCCUCCCCAUUCAGAUCUCCAUUUUAACUCAUUUCCUGAAUUAGAAUGCGUUUCCUGCAUACAAACAAUCUGAAUGUCGCUUUUAUCAUUUAACCAAAUAAAAAUUUCAUUCCUUUUAGAGAUAUUUGCUAAACCAUUACAAUUAAAUGAAGAAAUUCCUAUAGGCUUUUUUUUAAUUUUCCAUUUAAAUCUUUAUCAAUAUAAUAUAGUGCCCCAACAAAAUAAACUCUUUCCACACAUACACACAUACCAACACACAGCACAAACCAGAAAACCAACAUACCAAGUACAAUUUUUAAUUUGUAUAAAUACUGUUUGAAUGACAGCUUGGUAUUCUGUUGGCCAUCAAAUAUUCAAUAUCGCUGCUCAUCAGCGCGAGACGUUCAAACUAAUAUCACAUAAUUCACGUAAUAUCAUAUCAUUCAUAAUUUAAUUUAUUUAUUUAAUUUAUAAUUCAUGUCUCUGUGAUGAUUGGCUGAUAUCAGAAGGGAGGCUAGCCUCCUCUACGAGGUUUCUUUUCUCAACACUCAUCAGCGCUGAAAGUGAACACUCGAUGCUGAUUGGCUAAUUUUUUUUAUAGAAAAGCGGCGCUUUCCAACUUCAGUUACAUGUUAUGUUUACAUACAAAAUACACAUUCUGAGGAUGAACUGAAAUUAAUUGUGAAUUUUAUUAACAUUAAAUAGUCCUCCCAUUUUCACCUCAAAAUUUUGGGGAGCUGUACCUCCCCUGACGAGCCACCACUAGUCAGGUCACCUAAGACCAGUUCUCUAUCACUCUUUGACUCUCUUAUCAGUGCACUGGUUACUGAAACAGAUGUAGUUUGGGUUUAUUUUCUCUCAUCUUAAACUUUACAGCGUGUCCAAACACACAGAGAAACUCCUGCUGAAGCACGUGACACACUUUUAUAAAGAUGGCAUUUAUCAAAGUGGAGACUGAAGAGCUGAAGAUUGAAGAAGUAUUAAGAGUCAAACAAGAAGAAACUGAGGAACAAACAGGUCUGAUGACAGUGAAAGAGGAGAGUGAAGCUCUGAACGAAAUGGAUGAGAAAUAUAAGCUUGAGAAACAACACAAGUUCAUAACUGAAGAAAAACCAUUUACUUGCUCACAGGCUGAAAAGACAAGAAGCUGCAAAAAGAAGCAUUUUACCUGUCAACAGUGUGAGAAAAGUUUUAAACUAAAAGAAGGCCUUAUCAGACACAUGAGAACUCACACUGGAGAGAAGCCUUACACGUGCAAACAGUGUGGAAACAGUUUCAGUCUAUGUGGAACCCUUAAAGUCCACAUGAGAGUUCACACUGGAGAGAAGCCUUACACCUGCCAACAGUGUGGAAAGAGUUUCACUCAAAAAUUAAACCUUAACGGACACAUGAGAACUCACACUGGAGAGAAACCUUACACCUGCCAACAGUGUGGAAACAGUUUCAAUCUAUAUGGAAACCUUAAAAUCCACAUGAGAACUCACACUGGAGAAAACCCUUUCACCUGCCAAUGGUGUGGAAAGAGUUUCACUCAAAAAAUAAACCUUGACAGGCACAUGAGAACUCACACCGGAGAGAAGCCUUACACAUGCCAACAGUGUGGAAAUGGUUUUAAUCAAAAAGCACACCUUAUCACACACAUGAGAACUCACACUGGAGAGAAGCCUUUCACCUGCCAGCAGUGUGGAAAUGGUUUUAAUCAAAAAGCACACCUUGUCAGGCAUGAGAACUCACACCUGAGAGACAGUUUCAAUCAGCUUUAAAAUCUUAAAGUCCAUAUGAGAAAUCAAAGGCGGCAUUUACACGUCAUUAACAUGUGACCUGUAUCUGGAAGUUGUCCACAUGCACAUUGAAAAGACAAGUGUAAAUGAGCUUCUGAUCGUAAUGUCAUCUGAUCAGUGCAUCCUGGUCCAGAAGUAGUUGAGGACGCAUUGUGAUCAGAUCUCAGAGUAAUGUAAACUCAAUCCAGCCAUCGAGUCUGCAUUCGCCAAUCGACGUCAUGCAAAUCCCCGCCCCCUCUCCCGAACUGUCAGAAGAAAGAUGGAGGAUACCAGGCCGUGGAGCGCUAGUGAGACUCCUACACUUAACUCCGUGUCCACCCCGGACGUGACGGUUGUUGUGCUGCGCUGCAACAGCAUGAGGCUCUCCACACUGAACUGUUGCAAAUCAUUUGUUCUUUGUGUCAGUACCUCAUAAACAGAUUGAGACAGCAGUUUACUGUCUGGGAUUUGUCGUGUCGCGCCACAUCCAGUGUAGACCGCAUCACUGAUGAUAGUAUUUUGUCACGGUGUAAGACUCAUUGCACGGGAAAGAGGGAUCUGAUCGGUUAUCCAGAUAGAGAAGUCACUUAAUGUUGCCAAGUGUAAACACACCAUGUCCUGAUUGACUGAUGAGCGGAUCUGCUUGAUCAGAUCACGAUGAUCGCAUGUUAAUGCCAAGUGUAAACGUAGCCAAACUGGACAAUGUGUUUUGUCUAAGAGAACUGUAGAAACCGUUUCACUCUAAAAGGAAGCAAUAACAGGCACAUGAGAAUUCACAUUGUAGAGAAAGAGUUUUGAUCAACUUAGUGUUAUCAAACUUUAUUUUUCAUUCACAAUUACUUCUGUUCAUGUGGCAGAUGCUUUUAUCCAAAGCAAAUUACAGUUGAGGAAAACAACAAGCGAUUCAUCAUAAGAUGGCAAUAAACAUGAGAAGUGCCUGUUAUACAAGUUUUCAGCCAUCGUUCAAAACCAUAAAUCUAGGACAGGAAUAUAUUAAAUAAGGAAUAAUGUACACCUGCCGGUUGUAAUCGCAGAAUAACCUCUGACAGGGUGAUCAGAACCCCGAAGUGGAGGGGCCUUGUAUUACUCUGAAGGGGGUUAUUCUGUGAUAACAACCUGCUGGAUGUACAUUAUCCCUCUUAUUACAUGGCUGCUUGCCACAUAAGUAAAUAAUUAGACACAAAAUAUUGAUUUGAGUUAAAAUAUUUGAAUGCAAAGCUUCCGUGACAAAAGCAGUUACUAACAAUUGGCAAGUUCAAAUUAGACCGCCAUUUAAGGGAUACGGUGCAUUCAAUUUCACCACCUAAAUAAUUAAGGUGAUAAAAUGUUUUAAAAUCUUACCAGUUUGUUAGUUAUCUUAUAAUCCAUUACGGCAUACAAAACAAUCGUCGCAAAAUGGCGGCAGCUGGGCUUGUAUGAAAUGAGAGAGCGACACAUCAUAUUGAAUUGAGUUUUAAUAUAUUAUUAGCUAACCAAACACAAAGCUUCCAUGAAUGGAAAAUGUUCUUAGCAAGAGUAUAGCGGCGACUUCAGUUACCCGGAUGAGCUAUUAGUUUUUACCGGUUGUUAUCGAGGGAUAACAGUCCAAGACUGACCAAUCAGAAUCAAGUAUUCCACAGAGCCCUGUAAUAAGGGAAAAUAAGAGCAUAGAAAAAGUGACAAAUACUAAAACGUGGAUCCACUUAAAUUAGGAUUAAUGAGAUUAAGGUUAACCUGUAUUGUCUCUUACUGUAUUAUCAACACAAGGAAGACUCAAGUCUAGCAAAAUAAAUGUUAUUAACAAAAGAUAAACAAGAGUAAUCAACAUCUACUAAAUGAAUACCAUGAAUGACAAAGGAAUAAAGUGCAUAAGAUGCAAGUGAGUAAGUUGGGUGUUGCUAUGUCAGAGUAAUGUUAUCUAAUGCGAAGAUAAACUUGCUUCUCUGAAACUAGCCUUGAGCACGGAGAGCUAUAGGUGCUAAUCUCGUGGAACACAAAAGGGUCCUAAAAUCUGGAAGAUGCAGAUGAGGCCCUGAAGUAGGUGCAUAAGGUUCUUAAUCUGGAACACGCAGACAAAAGUACCUUGAAGUGAAGGUUUAACCUUGGAGCUUAAAGGGGGUGCUAUUAUGCUUUUUUUUUU